GCCUGCUUCCUAAUUUGUACAGCAAAAUAAAUAGGAGAGUUGUGCGGCGGCGACGUGCUCACACGUCCGCAACGAACACAUCUUCAUCCACGCCGAACACGGAGGGUUCAGAGCUCAUGAUCGGGUGAUCAACCGGAGCGGAUGUAAGCCAGUAGUCACCGAAGUCCAGGCUGUCCCAGCUCUCGCCUACGUCCACAGGGGACGUCUUGCCCUCGGGCAGCGACCCCAGAGCUUCUAGUCCUAAAGUCGUGUCCAAGCUCUUGCAGACCGCAGCAGCGUCUACCUGUCCGUCCUGUAGAAUGUGGUCUAACACCUCCUGGUCCAUUACAUCAGGGAGGCGCUGUAGCUCAACGGAGGUCGUCAUUGGAGACGAGGGCUGUUCCUCCUUAGCCUGGAAUCCUGCUCGGUCGUAGACGCCAUCUAGCAGCACAAGAUCCUGGAGGAACCAGCUGGUAAGACCCGAUGAAGAGGCAGCAGCUGCGGCCGUGUUGGCUCUGCUGAUCUCCUCGGCCUGUUGCUUGGCACGCGCCUCUUCCUUCAUGGCCAAGUGGGCACUGAGCGGGGCGCGACGCGUACGCUGGCGUGGCUUCUUGUGAGCACGCAGCCGCUUACCGAGAGACUCAGCGUCAGCCGACGCCUGCGCACGAGCCUUGCGCUUGAGCUCCAGACGGCGCUGGUUCUUAUUGGCCUUUUGGCGAUGGAAGUCGCACAGAUUGUGACGCUCGCCGUUGCGCUUGAGGGCGCGCGGGUUCCAGCACUUCUUGCUCGGAUAGCGGCACAUGGUCUCAGUGUCGUGUACGGGCUGCUCUGGCGCGGUGGAGGUCAUUAUUGUAGGAACCUGGGCCGAUGCGAGUUGGGAAGCGGAGGUUGUGCCGGGACAAGCGGCCAUUACGAGAAAAUACUUUAGUGAACGGAAGGCAAAUGCGCAAAUGGCCGGCCAGCCACGCACGUCAAGGGGGAAGAUACCGACUGCUGCAAGCAAAUCGGAUACGAUGGCUACAUGGGUGAAUUUUAGGUCAGAUGUUGCACAAAGACUGGGAUAUCUUAACCCAGGAUUUUGCCUUGAAUUUCUGUUGUGUGGCUCAGAAAAUCUACCAGAGCUCGGUCACCGAGUCGGUGCCAACUCUUUUUCAAGCUCCGGAGCGCAUUGAGUCAAAGUUUGACUACAGUCGGAGCUCCGGGCGUCUCUGUUCGGUUGACUGGAUUCGCGGGCAAAACGCACUUCGCUUUGUGAAGUUACGUGCGUGGUUACCAAAAAAUGCCUCUGUAGCUGCGGUGCACUGAUCACUGGCAGUGAUCAAUUCACCCGCGUCGUCGGGUAAUCCCAGCCUGACUAUGGCUGCACGC